UCAUUUGGGUCUGAGAACGAGCAGUUCAGGAUCUGAGGCGUGUUUGAACAUCCAGGAGCUGAGGAAGAUAUCAGAUCUGCUGCUCUGAGCAAUUCGUAGGACCAGUUAUUACUCACCAAAUCCUUGCGGCGGAGGAAAAAAAAUCAAGGAGCACGAUGAGUUCCAUCUUCAAUGCAGAUUUUGGUAGUCUCAGCACUCAGCAGGUAGUCAUUGCAGCAGUGACAGCGAUAUUUGGAAUUUGGGUUUUGAUAAAUGUCAUGCAAAAGAAGAAAAGACUCCCGCCCGGACCUCGAGGAUUGCCCGUGAUCGGACACCUUCACAUGCUUGCCGGCUCUUCUCACCAGAAUAUGAUGGACUUGGCAAAGAAGUAUGGGCAUAUUUUAUACCUGAAAUUGGGCUCCCACCCAGCCAUCUUCAUUUCGUCCGUUGAGCUGGCGAAGGAUGUUCUGAAAGACCAGGACCAGCAUUUCGCCUCUCGUCGUCUCUUCAUUACCGGCAAGAUUCUAGCCUACGACAACCAAUCAACGUCGCUGGCGCAAUAUGGAGAGAAAUGGCGCUUCAUGCGUAAAAUCAUCUCCCAGGAACUCGUUUCUGCAAAGCGCAUCGAGCAAGCUCAGCACAUCAGAGUCGAGGAAGUGGCUAAUACACUCGAGGAGAUUCUGAACGAGGGUCAGGAUGGGAAACUUGUAAAUUUCGACAUGAAGCUUGCACAGUUGGUUUUGAAUCAAACCACUAGAUUCAACUUCAGCAGGUCAUAUUAUGGGAAAAAGCGUGACACAGUCGAAGAUAACGCCGAAGAGUUUCAAGGUAUCGUGAAGUUAUUGGGUGGCACGCCGUUCUUCCUGGUAGGAGAGUUCUUCCCCUUCUUGUUGGCGUUCGAUAUCGGUGGUGUCGAAAAGAAAAUGAGAGCACAGGGGGCAAAGGCUGAUGAAUUCUACACCAAAAUUGUCGAAGGCCAUCGACGUGAUGAAGCCAAAAACGCCGACAAGCCCAAGGAUUUCGUGGAUGUAAUGUUGGCUUAUCAAAAAGAUCCGAAGAACAACAUUAACGAUGGCCAAAUCAAAGCUGCUAUUCAGGAUAUUAUCGUGGCGUCAUCAAGCACGAGCUCAGCUUCCAUGCUGUGGAUUUUGGCGGAGCUUCUUAAACAGCCAGCUGUCAUGCGGAAACUUCAGCAAGAACUAGACGACGUGGUCGGAAGGGACAGACUCGUCGAGGAGUCAGACAUCGCCAACCUGCCAUAUCUGAAAUGUAUUGUGAAGGAGGUGUUCCGACUGCACCCGGUGCUGCCUCUGCUCGUUCCCCAUUUCAACGAGGAGGAGAGGACUGUUGGCGGCUACGACAUUCCUGCCAAGACUCUCGUCUUUGUCAACGUGUAUGCGAUCGGCAGAGACCCUACAAUCUGGGAGGACCCCUUGCUCUUCAACCCUGACAGAUUCAUUGACAGCAAGAUGGACGUAAAAGGUCAAAACUUCGAGCUUUUGCCUUUUGGCUCGGGUCGAAGAAUGUGCGUGGGUUACAACUUGGGCCUGAUCACUGUGGAAUACGGCAUAGCUCAGCUCUGCCAUGCUCUAGAGAUUUCUCUUCCCGAGGGUAUGAGUCCCAAAGACAUACGCAUGACGGAAUCUCCUGGAACAUCAGUCACCAGAGAAGAUCCUCUUCACGUCCGUGUUUCUCCCCGUCUACCCUCUCAUGUUUACGCAAAGGCAGGAAUAGAGCUCUCUUAAGCUCUAGCUCGACAGCACAGUCUUGAUUGACAGUUUCACAUUUCUAGAUAGGCCAACAAGUAUUCUCGAGCUUGGGCUUGCGGGGCAAGAUUUUAAGGAAAUCUUAUAAGAGAGCACAAAAUAUUGUCGGGGGAAACAUGAAAUUCCGUAAAUCUUUCGGCAAUGUUUCAUACAUUUGAAGAUCUUCAAUUUUAUUUGGUUGGGAGUUCAGGGAGGUUAUCUCAUCAUUGCAAUCUAGAGGAUUUUACCAAACAAUUCAAUAACUUAGCUGUAGGAUAGGUGAUGAGACACGGGAGUAUUUUUCUGUGCCAGUCGGCCAUUUCCCAUCAAAAUCUCAAUUCUGAAAGGUAAUAUGGAGAUAUUAGUUUCUAAAGUAUGGAUUAUUAAACCGUUGUGUAGCCCAACUUAGUGAAUAGACUAUUUGACACGAACUUUGUGUUUGAUUCUUCUACACGUCGUCUCGGUGUCAAUGGUUGCUCGAAACACAUAUUAUUGUCUACGUGGAGGUUGCUGCCCUCUGUAAUUCCGGUCACCAAUGUAGUCUUCCUCCGAUUCGUCGAAAGAAAAAAUCAAC